AAUGACGCCAUGAUCUACACACAUGGGAAAACAAAAUUCGAAAAUUUCCCACACCCACAGCUUCUGGUAUUCAUCAAUUACAGUAUUUCAUACUGUUCUUCAAUAAAGAUGGUGAAAUCGCGAAUCUUUGCUAGAUUUUGUGUCGAUCAAACCCCUUUUUGACUGGAAUAUAAGGUGGGGUUUCGAUUCUCAUGCCCUCAAUUUCAGUCGCCGUAAACAAAGAUCAAGAGGGUGUGAGGCAUAGAAUUGGAUCGAAGAGAAGUAGAUUACGCUAGAAAACGAGAUGAUUCCUUCAUCGGAAUUGGUAGCAGUGGAGGAGGAUUAUUAUUCGUCGGGUGCUUAUUCUUCGGGCGAAAACGAUGAUAAGAAGCCAGAUACGGGCAACAUAGAAGAAGCGGAAUCAUCUCUACGUGAAAAUGGUUCUUUGAACUAUGAGGAAGCAAGAGCGUUGCUAGGGAGAUACGAAUACCAAAAGGGAAACGUAGAAGCCKCUCUUCAUGUUUUUGAAGGGAUAGAUAUAGCCACGGUAACUCCGAAGAUGAAGAUUAGCCUUGUCCAAAGAGGAGAAUCUCGUAAAAAACUUUCCCAUAAUCACACCGAUCCACCGUUGUCUAUACACGCCGUCGGUUUACUCCUUGAAGCGAUAUAUUUGAAGUCGAAAUCAUUGCAAAUUCUUCAGAGGUAUAAAGAAGCUGCUGAAUCGUGCAAAGUUAUUCUCGACAUCGUUGAAUCAUCGUUACCAGAAGGCUUGCCAGACAACUUUGGUGCUGACUGUAAGUUGCAGGAGACUCUAAACCGUGCAGUCGAGUUGCUUCCCGAGUUAUGGAAACUCGCAGGUUCACCCCAGGAAGCAGUUUUAUCAUUCCGGCGGGCGUUACUUCACCACCAGAAUCUGAAUGCAGAAACAACUGCAAAGAUUCAGAAGGAGUUUGUCGUUUUUCUUCUUUACAAUGGAGGCGAAGAAGCUGUCCCUCCUAAUCUACGAUCUCAAAUGGACAGUUCGUUUGUACCCAGAAACAACAUCGAAGAAGCGAUCUUACUUCUGAUGAUUUUACUGAGAAAAGUUUCGUUAAAGAUGAUCGAAUGGGACCCGAUGGUUUUAGAUCAUCUUUCUUAUGCGACGGCCAUCUCCGGCGGGCUCGGAGCUUUGUGUACACAGCUCGAAGAACUGCCACCUGGCGUUAUCGACGAAAAAGAACGGUACCUCCUUUUAGCCCUAUGUUACCACGGUCAAGGUGAUGAUUCCUCGGCUUUGCAUUUACUGAGAAGUAUAUAUAGACACAUGGGCCCACAUUCUGGGCCUGCGUUACUUUUGGCUUCGAAAAUUUGUGCCGAAAGCUCGAGUUCUUGUGAAGAAGGUGCAAGUACUGCUAAACGGGCCAUUCAGGCGUUGGAAAACCAAUGUGACGAGAUGGUCGGUGUUGCGUAUUAUACGUUAGGAGUUUCGCUCUCGGCCCAUUGCAGGUUUGCUGUCAGCGAUCUCGAACGAGUCGAGAAACAAUCGGAGGCGAUUCGGUGUUUGGAAAUCGCRGGGAGAUUGACGAGAAUGAACGAUUCGAGAAUUGUUUACGAGCUGAGUUUGGAAAAUGCAGAGCAGAGGAAGUUGGAUACAGCUCUCGGUUAUGCGAAACGGUUGGCUAAGUUGGAAGGUGGUUCGAGCCUGAAAGGGUGGAUCCUAUUGGCUAGAAUAUUGUCGGCCCAAAAACGGUUUGCAGAGGGCGAAACGGUCAUAAACGCGGCUAUCGAACAGACCGGGAAAUGGGAUCAGGGUGAAUUGCUUAGAACCAAAGCCAGGCUCCAGGUUGCACAAGGUCAGGUUAAGAAUGCCAUUCAGACAUACACUCAGAUUCUGGCUGUUCUUCAAGUUCAGAGUAAAAGUUUUCGAUCUCAGAAAAGGAAUCACGAGAUUGGCGGAAAACAUCUGAAAAGCUUGGAGAUGGAAACAUGGCAUGAUUUGGCCAUGGUUUACAUGAACUUAUCGCAAUGGCGUGAUGCCGAGGCUUGCCUUUUGAAAUCCGAAACCAUUAAUUACUACUCGGCUUCCAGAUUGCACAUCACCGGUUUACUCUAUGAAGCAAAGGGUCUUGACAAAGAAGCUCAGAAAGCUCAUGAACUUGCUUUAGACGUGGAUCCGGUUCACGUGCCGAGUCUGGUUUCCGUAGCCGUGAUCAUCCGACGAGCAGGCGGCAAGUCRGCGGCAGCAGCCAAAAGCUUCUUGACCGAAGCGUUACGGCUAGACCGGCUGAACCCAUCGGCUUGGUACAACCUUGGCUUGUUUUACAAAGAUGACGGUCCUAUGUUUCUAAGGGAAGCCGCCAAUUGUUUCGAGGCUGCUGGCAUACUCGAGGAAACCGAACCGAUUGAGCCGUUCAGAUAACCACCGUUCACAUUGCAUAUCGUUGUUUCGAAGAAAUAUUGGUACCGUGUACUCGAUAAGAACAUGGAAAAUAUAUGACCAAGACCGAGGUCUGAGCAAUUCUUUUUGCCGGUUUAAAGGCAAUUGAACAACCCAA